UAUAUACUAACGACCCACGACAAUAGUACAUACUUAAACCGUCUAAAUCGAUGCAAACAUUUUUUAAUAUUUUACACAAAUUCAGAAAAACUAUAAGUACGACAAAUUUAUGAAGUACCUAAUUUGAUUUUGGUGUAGUAUUAAUGUGAAUGUUUAAAAAAUCAUAUAUUAAAGGCAGCACACACCACACAAUCAAUCGAUUGUGUUGAUAAGUAUAUUUUUUGACAUUUUGACACAUCAGCUGUUUUAUUAUCCGCGGUGUGAAGGUUAUUUUGUGGUUAGGUUACUUUUACUUUCACUUUCAUGCCGAUAAUUUAAUAAUCUCUACGUAAUUUAUUACUACAAUUAUAGAUUGUAGAAACGUGUAUAUACACGCACGUACUGGCCUCAGCGGGUAAAAAAAACGAUCGUUUAGUAUUUUCUAUAAUGUAUUUUGAAUAGCAGUUUAGAAACAUGGGCAUGGAUAAACAAAAUAUUGGGGAUGGGAAGCUCUACGAGUACCUCUAUCCACCAGAGAUAUUGCAGAGGUUGAAUUUCGACAAGAGUCCAGCAACCUUCAAGCCCAAAAUCAGUGCAGCAAGCCCUGGAGAGGAGUGGAUGGUGGUCAGACCAUUGCAGAGAGCAGACUAUGACAAAGGUUUCCUCCAGCUUUUGGGUCAGCUAACCAGUGUUGGAAAUGUCUCUAGGAAGCAAUUUGAUGACCGAUUCACAAAGAUGAAGCAGUCUGGCGGGUACUACGUGACGGUGAUAGAAGACACGCGCUUAGGCAAAUUGAUUGGCGCAGCCACACUCGCUGUCGAACAGAAAUUCAUACACAACUGCUCUCUGCGCGGUCGCUUAGAAGAUGUAGUCGUCAAUGACACCUACAGAGGGAAACAACUUGGUAAACUUAUCGUAGUGACAGUGUCGCUGCUGGCUCAGGAGGUGGGCUGCUACAAGAUGUCGUUGGACUGCAAGGACAAGCUCAUCAAGUUCUAUGAGACCCUCGGCUAUAAGCUAGAGCCUGGAAACUCCAACGCUAUGAACAUGCGGUUCGACGAUCCCUCCUGACAAUUAGCCGCUGGGACAUCCGACCUGCGCUCCAAGCUGUAAGUACACAUCCCAAGCCGAGCAGUUUUCACAGCACACUACCAUAUUGCAUGACUUAAUUUUUUUUUGCAAUUCAUUCACUGUUUUGUUUUUACAUAGAGGCUGUGAUUGAAGUAGUUUUUAUGUAGAGCUUGAAAUUGUUUUUAAAAAAUCCUGUGUUUUCUGAAAAAUAUAUUGGUCAUCAUUAAUUUAUCAUUGAAAGGUGGGGUAGAAGGGACGACUGGGAGUGAUAACACAUUGCAUCUCCUCCCCCGUUAUUAUUGGAAAUCUAUAAAGCUAAGCGUUUCCGAGUCAUAACUCUUCGUCCCUUUUUACCCACCUUGUGUAUUAAGCAGCAAAAUAAAAUUAUAAUUUUUGAAGACAAAACACUGCUUUGUUUACUGGAUAAUUGUAGUCAUAAGUAAAGCGGCAGUGUAUGCUUUGUUGAAAAUUAUGUUAAAAUUUAUUUAUUAAAAAAGUUAUUAAAAUUUAUUAUAUAAAUUAUGUUAAAACUAUGUUCAAAAUUAUAUAAAAUAUCUUUUAAUUUGCUCAAAGCAAAAAGUAAUUUGUGUGAUUCCUGCUUGGUGUUUGUGUAGUUAUGGUUCGCAGGGUCAAUUCUUCUAUCCAUCAAAAGUUGUCAAUUACAUGAAAUGUAAUUAUUCCGUUUGAUGGGGUUAUCAAUUGAUUUCUGGGUAUUCCAGCACAUAAUAUGUGAUA